AUAUUACCGCUUGUCGUUUUAUUUAUAUACGUGUGCAUUUUAGUUUUGGAUUGUUGUGCUGUGACUUUAUGCUAGUUAAGUAGUCGGGUCAGGUGAGGGCGUUAUGAUUGGGUGAAAAGACAAUUAAUUGCUCUACAAAAUCGGAGAUUCAAUGUGUUUGAUUUGAAAUCUGAAUUUACUAGGAUAAAGUUCUUGGUGCUGUUUGAUUGAUAAAUUUCUUGGCAUAUGGCUAUUGUUUUGGUGCUGUUUGACUGAUAAAUUUCUUGGCAUAUGGCUAUUGUUUUAGUGCUGUUUGAUUGAUAAAUUUCUUGGCAUAUGGCUAUUGUUUUGUGAAUGAGUAAUAAAUUAGGGUCCUUACCGACUGCUAUAUUUUGUGGCCGAGUAUGAAUAAAAUUAGGGUCCUUAUCUGCUCUUUGUUGUCCUUUGUACUCCUUCAAUUUUCGGUUGUUUUGAGGGUUGUGAUGAGUGGAUCAUUUGCCCUCACUCCGUUCAAGUCUUGCAAUGACAUAUUGUUGUGGAUUUUGUUAUAACGUGAUUAUGGCAAACAAGAUUAAACAAUUAAACAAACUAGUAAUGGAGAUUGAUGGCAGAAAAAACGGACUUAUAUAUGAGUUUAGUAAUUAAUAUAAGAAUGAUGGAAGAAAUGUAGUAAUAUACUAAUGAUAUUAAUAAUUUCACAUAUUAAAAAUAGAAAAAAGAAUACAAAAUAAAAUAUUUUAAAACAUAUGAUUAACCCCACAUUUGUAAUUUAAAAAGGGCGAAUAUGUUCCUAUAAACGAUAAAAAGGCCCAGUAUCACCGAGUAAUAGAUAACCCUCUGUGCUGGGCUUCACACAAACACCCCAUCGCCGAGAUCACAAUCACAAUUACACUUACAAUCAUGGCCAGAUCCUUAACUGACGAGAAUUCAUCCUCAUCGGAAGAUGAAUCGGAAUAUGACGUAGAUGCGAGGUUCCCCAAACGACGUUGUAUGCCUUUCCCCUCUGCCGUUCUCUACUAUCGCAGAAGCAACAGCAAUCCCCCCGCCAUCGGCCCCUCCCGCCUCCGCCAUGAAGGCACCAGCAGCGAUACCCCCGCCGUUGCGACCAUCGGUACAACCUCCGCUGCAAUUACUGGCGCAUCGACAUCUCAGACAGAGUCUGAUGAAACUCCUGAUGAUACUUCUGAUGAUUUAUCUACAUCGUCUGCCAGUGAAGGUGAAGAUGAUCAAAUUGAUGAUGAAGAUGAUGACUCUGAGGAAGAAGAAGCGACACUGAGUCCGAGUCCGCCAGUUACUCCAAGACCGCUUAUGAUGAACAAUCCUUCUGAGAAUUUGGCGAAUGUUGUUUCUAACGACGUCGUUCCAUCCGGGAGUGGAGGGAGAACUAGUGAACACGGUCCUGCAAUUUUGACCGAUACCGAUGUGUUGGAUUGCCCUAUUUGUUUUGAUGCUUUCACCAGUCCUGUUUACCAGUGUGAUAAUGGGCACACUGCUUGUGCCAGCUGCUGUGGCAAACUUCGAAACAAGUGCCCUUCUUGCUGUUCGUCGAUCGGUUAUAAUCGCUGCCGUGCCUUAGAGAAAGUUCUUGAAGCAGUAAAAAUCACCUGUUUGAACAGCAAGUAUGGGUGUAAAGAAAAAGUAAGCUACAAUAUGAAACGUGAGCAUGAGCGAUCUUGCAGCUAUGAACCAUGUUGUUGUCCCCAUCCUGGCUGUAAUUUUGAAGGUUCCUACAAGGAUAUAUAUCUGCACUUCGCCGGCAAGCACUCAGCUUCAGCCACUCGCUUCAAGUUUGAUGCUUCUUUUCCUGUUCAUAUAGGUGCAAAUAUGAAGUACAAAUUCCUUCAAGAACAUGACCACUCGCUUUUCAUCCUGAAUUAUGGUGUCCAAACUGUUGGAAAUGUAGCCAAUAUAAUUUGUAUUGGCCCGAGCUCUUUACAGAACAAGUACUCAUAUGAACUGGAAGCAAGUUACGCAGAUAGCUCCGUCAAGUUAACUUCAUCGACACAGAGCCAACCAAAAUGGAUGGCUGGCCUGCCUCAGAGAUCCUUUCUCGUGGUUCCAAAAUGUUUCAUUGACUCUUCUGGGAUGCACAAGAUCAACAUUUGCAUCCGCAGAAAAGGUUAAAAACCGACUUGAAAGCAGUUCUUUAGUUAAUAAUAUAGUGGGCACCUGCCGAAUCCAAACUCAUUACAUUGAGCAUUGAGGUCAGGAACCACUGGAGAGUUGUUGCGUUCUUUUUAAAAAUUUAUUAGUUUUCCCUAAAAGUUGGCAUUUUUUUUCCUUUCAAACCCCUUUAAAAAAAUUUAAGAAUAUUGUAUUUGCAAAUUAUUUAUAUGUUGUGAUUGUAGACUUCUUUGACUUGA